GUAUUAUUUGGGAUCUAGUUGGUGAUCAUCACUUCUCAGUGUUGGAAUUCUAUGACUCCUAUGUGGCAGUUAAUCAGGGUGGUUUCUUAUACCUCCAUAUCUGUCUGUCUCCUCGCCAGGUCCUCAUAGACUAUCUACGAAAACACUCGCACAGCACGGCAUACGCUACCUCCAUGUCUCCGCCUGUGGUAGAGCAGAUCAUUACCGCUAUGAAGUGUAUCAUGGGAGAAGAUGGCACCACUCUGGGUCGGCAGCGGGUGGAGCAGUUGGCGGAGAACACGCGAUACUUUAGGCGCCGCUUGACCGAGAUGGGCUUCAUCAUUUAUGGCAACAGCGACUCUCCGGUGGUCCCAUUGAUGCUUUACAUGCCAGCAAAGAUCGGAGCAUUUGGGCGAGAGAUGCUGAAGAGGAAUAUUGGCGUAGUGGUUGUGGGAUUUCCAGCCACCCCCAUCAUUGAAUCCAGAGCUCGAUUCUGUGUGUCGGCUGCACAUACCAGGGAGAUGUUGGACCUGGCGCUGAACAAGAUCAAUGAAGUCGGAGACCUCCUUCAGCUAAAGUACUCCCGCCAUCACUUUGUGCCUCUCCUGGACCGGCCCUUCGAUGAGACCACAUAUGAGGAGACUGAAGAUUGAUGUCCACUGGGUGGCCACUGAGACUCCUUGCGCAGGGCCACUUCCAUCAGCUGUGUCCCCUAUGCCGGGAGAGAUGAGCUGUGUUCUGCCCCCUGUCCCCCUCCAUCUUGGUGGAGAUGUUACUUUUUUUAUAUAUAUGUAUAUUAUUAUUUUUUUUUCUUUUUAUAUAUUAUUUAUUGGAUGGGACCAUUGAAGACUGCACGUUUCCAAGUCUGAGGCUUCCCUGCACGGCUCAUUGGGAUCCGGCUUCGCUCUGCGGAGAACCGAUUCCUGGGCAGCUAUUCGCAUCUCUUCUCCGUCUUUUAAAGCAUUCGUAUCAUCGCAGCCGGCGCAGGUGGCGGGAAACGGCACAGGUGCUAAUAAGGUGCUGUUUGAAACGUCCCAACAAUUGCUACCGCCGGCUUGUGGAGGGGCUGGAGAUGUAUGGGGUCACUGGGGCGGAUUGUCAUCUACGGCCUCUUAUCCUCAUGUGUCUCCAUGUCUCGCUCUGAAGGCAGCCAUCUUUUCCCCUUUGCCUGUCUGUGUCUCUGGCAGGGCGGGUGUGGCCAUAAUUUACGUUGCGUCCCCUCAGUCUGGCACUGGGGUGACGCGCAACCAACACAGAGAUAAACCAUUAAUGUUACUUUUCUAUUCUGAGAGUCAGCCUGACUCGACGUGGAGAUCCCCCAAGUUGGGGGAGGGGGCGGGGGGCUACAAUGCCGGACACGUGGGACCAGAACACCAGGAAUGGAGCGCCCCCCUCAGCCCACCUUCCCAGAUGACAUCACAUUUCUGGCGCUGUGGGAGGGGCUUCGGCGACAGAGUGGCCUUAAACUGACCGUUCUUUUUCGGCAUGACGUGACGACGGACCGAACUGGAAGAACGGACUGAUCGAUUGUCUUUUAUUCACAGUUUCUACAAACCCCUGGACGAUUCUCAUUGGUUCGUGAACUUGGGUUCCUCUGACACCAUCUCCGCUUUGGGGGGAGGGGUUUGUCGGCUGCUAAUAAAUAAAAACACAUUUAUUUUCA